UUAUAUUUGUAUAUUCAUCCAAAUACUAGUAGUGUCCGUGCACUUUGGACUUUCUCUUCGAACAAACAGCAAUUAAGUGAAAAGAAAGACAGAUUCUAGUUAAAGUACAUUAUUUUCCCUAUUCAUUCCGUAUAAAUCGUUAACAGUGCAAACAAAGUAAAUCAUGAUUAACACCGGUAAAUUAGCAGGCAGAACCUUAUUUGUAACUGGUGCUUCUCGUGGUAUUGGCAAAGCUAUUGCCUUAAAGGCAGCCCGUGAUGGUGCUAAUAUUGUAGUGGCUGCUAAAACCGCUGAACCACAUCCCAAAUUACCCGGUACGAUUUAUUCGGCAGCUGAGGAAAUUGAAAAAGCUGGCGGUAAGGCUCAUCCUUGUAUUGUCGAUGUUCGAGAUGAAAAUGCAGUACGUUCUGCUGUGCAGGAGGCUGUGGCGAAAUUUGGUGGCAUUGACAUUUUGGUAAAUAAUGCUAGUGCCAUUUCUUUGACGGGCACUUUACAAACUGAAAUGAAAAGAUUUGAUUUAAUGCAUCAAAUCAAUACCCGUGGUACAUUUUUGGUUUCGAAAGAGUGUUUGCCCUAUUUAAUGAAAUCUAAUCAUGCUCAUAUUUUAAAUCUUUCUCCUCCUCUGAAUUUGAAUCCCAAAUGGUUUGCUCCUCAUGUGGCUUACACCAUGGCCAAGUAUGGCAUGUCUAUGUGUGUUUUGGGCAUGAGUGAAGAAUUCCGUGAUAAGGGUAUUGCCGUCAAUGCCUUGUGGCCACGUACUGCUAUACAAACUGCCGCCAUUGAAAUGUUAACCGGUCCGGAUAGCUCUAAAUGGUCACGCAAACCAGAAAUUGUGUCCGAUGCUGCCUAUGCCAUUUUAAUCAAGGAGCCCAAAGAAGCCACUGGCAAAUUCUUUAUUGAUGAUGAGGUUUUACAAGCCAAUGGUAUUACUGAUCUUAAGCAAUAUGCCUGUGAUCCCAAUAUGUCGGAUAAAUUAAUGAUGGAUUUCUUUUUGGAAGAACCCUCUUACACCUCAUUGGAUCAACCAACGGAAACACCAGCCUCCAGCUCUUCAGGCGCCGCGUCCGGUAAUAUACCACAACUUUUUAGCAAAAUUGAGUCUUUGCUUUCGGCCGAAAUUGUCAGCAAAACACAGGCUGUUUAUCAGUUCAAUAUCACAGGCAAUGAGAAGGGCACCUGGUUUUUGGAUUUGAAAAAUGGUGCUGGUUCUUGUGGUGAAGGAGCCCCCUCCUGUCAAGCUGAUGCUGUGCUCACCAUGAAAGAUAAGAAUUUCUCUGACAUGUUUGCUGGCAAGUUGAAGGCUGCACCUGCUUUUAUGACUGGAAAAUUGAAAAUCACGGGAGAUUUGCAAAAAGCCAUGAAAUUGGAAAAACUUAUGAAAGCUUUAAAAUCGAAGUUAUAAGAAGGUCCUUUAUAAGGCACUGAACAUUUUUAUUAUUUUUAUUAUUAUUGUUUAGAAAGUUGGUUUAUAUUGAACAAAAUUAUUAUUAUAAAUGCAUUGCAUCUUUAUUAUUAUUAU